ACUUUCUUUUGCCACUCAGUGUAUUUUCGAAGACAUAUAGGACAUCUUUGUAGGCAAAACAAUGGCCGCAGGAUUAAGUGAAUCAGUGCUCAAUGCUGGGGACUUUGAAUACGACUUUCCUUGCACAGAGUGUCAGGAGCAUGGCCUUAACUCGGAGGCUGACUUCUAUUGUCAACACUGUACCAGACAAUUUUGUAGACUGUGUGUUAAGCAACAUGACCGUUUUAACAGCAGACAUCAAAUUCUUGGAGCAAAAAAGAGGGACAAAUGGGGGAAAGUGAAAAGCACAUGCAAGCUGCACCCAGGUGCAGAAUUGAAGGUCUUUUGUAGCACCCAUGGACAGCCCUGUUGUGUGACAUGUCAGAGGGAGCUACAUAGGAACUGCAAGAAUGUUAUCCUCCUUCAGAAAAUGAACAGUUCAUCAACUCCAACUCAUUCUGGUGAGCCACGAGGAAUAGAUAGAGCUAGAUGCACUAAAUCCACAGUGUUAACUGACGUCCUCCCUGAUAAACUGUAUAAAAUUUGGAUGAUCCAACAACUUAAUGUAAGUUUACCAAAUGACACAGAUGCAUGCUCAAUACGGGGCAUAACAGUGCUGCCAGGAGGUGAGAUUAUCAUAACUGACCAUGCAAACAGCAAGUUAAAGCUGCUGUCUGCUAACUACAUCGUGGUAGACCAUUUCAGAGUGCCAUUAGCGCCAAGGGGCAUCUGUAAUGUUGUGUCUGACAACCAGGUGGCUAUCUGCUUUGGAGGCAAGGAGAUCCUGUUCAUGGAGGUCAGAGACAGAAGACUCAGAAUGAACCGGAAACUCAAUCUGGAGCAUGAUUGCUUUUAUAUGUCAUACAGGGAAGGUCAUCUGUAUGUAUCAUCUAUUGAUUCAGUGUACAAUUACAUUCUGUCUGAUCAGAGAGUCAGGGACAUUGGUCAGAGGGGGAGGGAAAUAGUUUGGGAGCCUGGGAGGGAGAUAUACAAAACACUUACAGGGCGUAUUUGGGCGAUUGCUGUGAGCGCAGGUGGGGGCAGACUCUACAUCAAUGACUAUUAUAAUGACACACUGGUGACAGUGGACAUACAGGGCAGAGUGCUGGCCACACUGAAGGAUGAAAACCUGAAAGGCACCAGGUGUGUGCAUGUGUCCCCUAGUGGAAACGUGUUCCUGUGUGGGUCAACGUCCAACACCAUAUUACAGGUGGACAGUGAGGGCAAACACAGACUGACCACACUUGCCACCAAAGAGAAUGGUGUUCCAGUAUGUCGUCCACAAGCAUUGUGCUUUGACAGCAGGACCUCUUCCCUUCUUGUUGGGCAACAUGGAACAGAUAAUCUUUUAGUGCUAAAACUGAAAUGAACAGACAUUAUUAGAAGCGCUCAUCCUCGAUCAAAAGGAAACUUGAAACAUCAAAGAUGAGAAAAAAAUCCAAUCAUGUAUUUUGUUAUUAAACUGUAUGCUACAGCUGAUUAUUCUGUCUAGUAUAAGGUUGCCUUGUAAUGGUCAACUUGAAAUAAAAGGGUCUAUUUUAAAUUCAUUUUAUGCACAAGAUAAAGUGUGACAACGUAACUAUCAGCACAAUCAUCAUUAUAGCCAUCAUAUUUGUUUGGGACAACUUAACUAUCAGCACAAUCAUCAUUGUAGCCAUCAUCUUUGUUUGGGCCAACUUAACUAUCAGCACAAUCAUUAUUGUAGCCAUCAUCUUUGUUUGGGCCAACUUAACUAUCAGCACUAUCAUUAUUGUAGCUAUCAUCUUUGUUUGGGCCAACUUAACUAUCAGCACUAUCAUUAAUGUAGCCAUCAUCUUUGUUUGGGCCAACUUAACUAUCAGCACAAUCAUCAUUGUAGCCAUCAUAUUUGUUUGGGCCAACUUAACUAUCAGCACAAUCAUCAUUGUAGCCAUCAUCUUUGUUUGGGCCAACUUAACUAUCAGCACAAUCAUCAUUGUAGCCAUCAUCUUCGUUUGGGACAACUUAACUAUCAGCACAAUCAUAAUUGUAGCCAUCAUCUUCGUUUGGGCCAACUUAACUAUCAGCACUAUCAUUAUUGUAGCCAUCAUCUUCGUUUUGGACAACGUAACUAUCAGCACAAUCAUUAUUGCAGCCAUCAUCUUUGUUUGGGUCAACUUAACUAUCAGCACAAUCAUCAUUGCAGCCGUCAUCUUUGUUUGGGACAAUUUAACUAUCAGCACAAUCAUCAUUGCAGCCGUCAUCUUUGUUUGGGACAACUUAACUAUCAGCACAAUCAUCAUUGUAGCCAUCAUUUUUGUUUGGGCCAACUUAACUAUCAGCACAAUCAUCAUUGUAGCCAUCAUCUUUGUUUGGGCCAACUUAACUAUCAGCACAAUCAUCAUUGUAGCCAUCUUUUUUGUUUGGGCCAACUUAACUAACAGCACAAUCAUCAUUGUAGCCAUCAUCUUUGUUUGGGCCAACUUAACUAUCAGCACUAUCAUCAUUGUAGCCAUAAUAUUUGUUUGGGCCAACUUAACUAACAGCACAAUCAUCAUUGUAGCCAUCAUCUUUGUUUAGGACAACGUAACUGUCAGCACAAUCAUUAUUGUAGCCAUCAUCUUUGUUUGGGCCAACUUAACUGUCAGCACAAUCAUUAUCAUAGCCAUCAUCUUUGUUUGGGCCAACUUAACUAACAGCACAAUCAUCAUUGUAGCCAUCAUAUUUGUUUGGGACAACGUAACUGUCAGCACAAUCAUUAUUGUAGCCAUCAUCUUUGUUUGGGCCAACUUAACUGUCAGCACAAUCAUCAUUGUAGCCAUCAUCUUCGUUUGGGCCAACUUAACUAUCAGCGCAAUCAUCAUAAUAACAAUUAUCUUUGUUUAGGUCAAUUUAAAUAUGAGUACAAUCAUCAUUGUAGCCAUCAUCUUUGUUUGGGCCAACUUAACCAUCAGUACAAUCAUCAAUGUAGCCAUCAUAUUUGUUUGUGUCAAAUUUACUAUUAGUACAAUCAUCAUUGUAACCAUAAUGGCAUUAUCUUUGGUUGGGUCAUUUUAUUAUCACCUAGUUCCCUAUUGUAACCACCAUCUUUGUAUGGGUUUGUUUACUAUCAGUAAAAUCAUUAUCAUAAUGCCUCAGUAACAUUAAAUGCAGUGGAUUAAAUGUCUACAGCCAAUAUCAAUUAUAGGGCUGUUGCAUCAU